AUGGGUUUAAACAAAACUAAAAAACAACUAAGUAAUAAAAAUAAACGAAGAGCAGAUACAAGUGAAGAAGAAGACUUAAACCAAUCUGAGAUAGAGUCCAAAAUGAAUGAAAGUGGAUCAGAAACCUUGGAAAGACUUCAAAUUGCUCAUAACAAAGAGGUUAAGAACCAGAAAGCAGAUUUCAAUUUAGAUAAUAUGAAUAAUGGCUCAUCCAAAAAAAAGACCAAAAGGAAGAAAAAUUACAAAAAGGACGAUACUUCUAGUUCAGAGACGGAAGAUACUGAUAAUGAGUUAGCUCCAAUCAAAAAACCAAAUGAAGCAACAUAUAUCGAUAUCCCUAAAACAUUCAAACUGGACAAACCUGAAUCACUUCAUUUGAUGAUUACGGCUAAGUAUGCAAAGCAAAUGCCUGAAUUUCAAAAAAUUCCAGAGAAUGAAAAGAUUAAACAAAAAAACUCUUAUUUUAGUUCAAGUGAAAGAACCCAGAAUUUCCUGCUACAACUUGUGACUGGGCCAUUAGAUGAACGAUGUGACACAGAGAAACGCAAAAUAAAUAAUCAUUCACUUUACAACAAAAAAAGUAAAACUGAACAAUUGGUUGAAUUGAGUGAUUUCGCUACUGAUCAAAUUCAUGACUUGGAAGUUGAAACUCCAAUUUCAACAAAUAUGAAUGAUACUAUUGCGGCAUCGGCAUCUUCUUCACGACUUCCAUUAACUACUCUCCAAAAUCAAAAUAGGGAUUCCAAUAAUACUGAUGAGUUAUCAGGCAAACCUAAAAAACCUCAAAAUUCUAGACGCACACUACAUAGUCAUACUUCCAGCCUGUAA